AUGGCCAGCUCCAAAGACGAGACCCCGCCGGUCGCGCCAGGCCAAAUGUCCCCCCAGGUCACCGUCGACCGCCCCAGCGAUAUCAAGACGCCCGUCCCCGGCGCGCCUGACGACUCCGUCCUACAGGGCCUUGCCAGUCCCAUACGGCAGCAUAGGCGAACCCCCAGCGCCCACCGCGAAAUCAAGGAGACGCUCGACGCCCGCGUAGAGUUUACAAGCGACGAGGUCGAUGGCAGGACGUACCACAGGAUUAACCAGUAUGUCAUCGCGGAGGAGAUUGGACGGGGCUCCUACGGCGCCGUUCAUCUAGCCAAGGACCAGUUCGGCAACGAAUUUGCCAUGAAAGAGUUCUCCAAGACCCGCUUGCGCAAGCGCGCCCAGUCUCACCUCCUCCGACAAGGUCCUCACGGCAUGCCCCGUCACGCCCUUCCUGGGACCAGCCGGGGCGGCGGGCCACUGUCGCCGCAAUUAAAGAGUCUACGCGCUGGUGAAAGAAACGACGCUCUUUUCCUGAUACGGGAAGAAAUCGCCAUCAUGAAAAAGAUCAAUCACCCGAACCUGGUCCAGCUUAUCGAAGUGCUCGACGACCCGGAAGAGGACUCUCUUUAUAUGGUCUUGGAAAUGUGCAAAAAGGGCGUCGUCAUGAGGAUCGGGCUGGAUGGCAACGCAGAGCCGUACGGCGACGAGGCCUGCCGCCACUGGUUUCGCGAUCUCAUACUGGGCAUUGAGUACUUGCACACGCAGGGCGUGAUUCAUCGCGACAUCAAGCCAGACAACCUGCUGCUGUCGGAAGACGAUGUUCUCAAGGUUGUGGAUUUUGGCGUCUCGGAGAUGUUCGAGAAGACGGACAUCAUGGUGACGGCCAAGUCAGCAGGCUCGCCGGCCUUCACAGCCCCCGAGUUGUGCGGCAAACACCGGGAGAUAUCUGGCAAGGCAGCUGACAUUUGGUCCAUGGGUGUGUCGCUGUUUUGCCUCAAGUAUGGCAAGCUGCCAUUUGUCAGGCCGGGAAUAUUCGCGAUAUACGAAGCCAUCAAGACGGAGGACCCCUCGAUCCCCGAGGGCGAGAACCCAAACUUUGUCGACCUUAUCGGCAGCAUCUUGGAUAAGGACCCUGACACGCGCAUCACCAUGUCCCAGCUACGGGACCAUCCCUGGGUGACCAAGAGCGGCACGGAUCCGCUUCUCUCGGCCGAGGAGAACUGCGCGCACCUGGUAGAGCCGCCUAAUGAGCUGGAGCUGAACCGGGCCUUUACGCGGAAAAUGAAUCAUUUAUUUUGCGUCAUGCGGGCCAUUCACCGGUUCAAAUCACUACUGGCCAGCAUACGAUCAAAGGCCCGCGGUCUCGCAGAUGCAUCUCCGGCAUCCUCGGGCGACGCAGGCCCCCAAGCGGCUCCAGACCCAGCCGAGGAGACGGCCAGGAUGGAGAUCGAGGCCCUCCUCCAUCGGCGACGCAGCGUGCUUGAACAUGCGGACAGGGGCGACAAGAGUCACGCGGAGCUGACGAGCGACCAAGAGCCGCUGUUUCUGGGCAUCGGCACCGGUGCCAGAGACGACUUCGCCAUGGAUGAAGCAACGCCCAACGUGGUGGCGGACUCGCCGACGGCGGUCGACUUUGACGUCUACGACCGUGCCUACGAGGACGCGAUAGAGCAGCAGAUGAAGGCUGGGAGCGGGUCGAGCAAGCCGACGCUGUACUUGACCAAGUUUGUCAAGGAGUCGGAGCACUUGAGGAAGCUGGGAAACUUGAUGGAGGACAGGGGACUAUCUCCACUCGCUCUCAAGGCCGAUAUGAAGGAUUCCAAGCGGCAGCUGCAAGAGCACCUCUCGUCGGCUCCCAGUGGCAAACUGGCCCAACUUGUCUCAAAGGUCGGCAUCUCCAACUCGAACACACGGGGCCCUGAGACACGGCAGCAGCACGAGUGA